UACGCUUACCUCGCAAUUCUCAGACCAUUCAGAAAGUUGGCUAGACAAACUCUCAUGAGCAGCCGCAAGAAAAAUAUAGCCAACAAAACAUUUCAGUGUCGUUGGAUUACAUUGAAAAUCUCUUGGAUAAUAUGCUAUCUACAGUUUUUACCAUCUUGUUUGUCAAAGUAUGUUUAACUUUACAUGGAAUUACAGCAGUGUUAGCCGAACUUCCAAGUCCCAGUAACAUCAGGAUUAACUCUGUCAACAUGGGACUAGUGUUGGAGUGGGAUGCACCUCAGAACCACACAGAAAACAUAACCUACAGAGCAGAGUACAGGGGCUUGGUCAGCAGCUAUGAGGUUGUAUGUUGGAACACAACAGCCCAAAGCUGCGACUUCACCAGUCAUCUAAACAAAUUUGGAGUGUACAUUUUCCAAGUGAGGGCAGAACGAGAGGGGGACACAUCUCGCUGGAUGAAGACUGAGUGGUUUGUCAUGGAUGAACACACCACGCUAGGCCCUCCCGGUGUGACGCUCGUCUCCAGUGGUGCUGUCAUUGAAGUGAGCAUCAACGACCCAGUGCUCAGGAUCUCUGAGUUCAAAGACGUAUACAACCACGCAAACUUUAACAUCACCUACUGGAAAGAGGGUCAGGAGGAGAAGGACAAAAGUAUGAAAUGCACCCCACUUCGUAAAGUGGUCUUGGCGCUGGAGCCAUGGACCAGGUACUGUGUUCAGGUCUGGGUGUACACCCAGAGGUUCUCCAAACACAGCCAGCCCAGCAAUGUUACAUGUGAGAGCACCACUAAGGGCAAUGACAGGCCUUGGGUGGUAGCCCUGGUGACGUUUGUGGUGAUGGCUGUUGCAGUGGCCCUGCUGGCCCUGGCCUUCUGGUACUGCUACAGGGUGGUCUGCUUCCUCAGACCCAAGGCCAAGCUGCCUGAACAUUUCACAGAGUAGCUGUUGGAUUCCCCAUGCUCCUCCAUCCUGGCCAUACAGAGCAGCCCCCAGCCUGAGGAGGUGUACCAUGAGCUCCGCGUCAUGCCAGGUGGGGCAUAGACAAAGGAGAGCUCUAUCUGCUGGUCGGAAGAAUGUAAUACACACAGACUGGGAGAAAACACACAGACCGUCUGGCUGUGUUCGAGAGUAUCAAAACUGUGAAUUGAGACUGACUGACAGAUCUACAAAUAAUAUUGAAAAGUUAUUUACGUUGCAAGGUGAUUUGUUGAUCAGUCAUUCCCGACUCGCCUUUAAAGUCGGCUGCAAUGUCGAACACGCCCAAAGUGGGUGGGGAAGAUAUGGGUCAAAAAUAGGAAGUGAGUAGUCCGAUGUGAAGUAAGAAAAGAGAACAAGGACUGAAAUAGAUGGCAGAAAAGAGGACGUGUAUCUUAUUGAGAAUUGAGAAAUAAUAUUCUGACAUCUGGGAUUUAGUGAUUUUUAUUAAUGUUGAUGAAAUGCUAAGAGAGCUACUUACUGUGAUGUGUUUAUUUAUGUGACCUUUGUGUAUGAUAAUGAUCAAUAUUGCCUAUCAUUCAUUAUGGCCAUGCAUGGUAAGCCUACACUGGCAUUUUUUGGGGAAUCAUGGCUAUAGGGCAACGGAAUGGUUCAACCACUGUCAUCAGAGAGACUUACAACAAAGUCCAAAUGGCACAACACCAGGAAGGGAGUAUUACAUGGUCUGUGUUUAUGCCUUGAUGCACUCUGUGUUUGUUCCUAUAUGUAUCUGUGUGACUGUGUUUGUGCCUAUAUGUCUCUGUGUGACUGUGUUUGUGCCUAUAUGUCUCUGUGUGACUGUGUUUGUGCCUAUAUAUGUCUCUGUGUGACUGUGUUUGUGCCUAUAUGUCUCUGUGUGACUGUGUUUGUGCCUAUAUGUCUCUGUGUGACUCUGUGUUUGUGAAGGAUAUUAAAGGACCAAUGCAGCCAUUUUUAUCUAAAUAUCAAAUAAUUUAUGAGUAACAAUGAAAACAGAGUAAGGUACUUCAAUUAAAAUAGUUAAAAGGAAACAAAUAGCUUUUUUAUCAAAUAGCAACUUCUUAAUCAAGACAUUUGCAAGGACUGUCUGGGAGUGCUUUAGGCAAAAACAGAAAAUUAAUUGUUAUUGGCAGAGAGGUUUGAAACUCUUUCUUAUUGGUCUAUUAACUAAUUUACCACAUGGUGAUGUUACCAUGGAAGGCCAAAACGCCAUCCUACAUUUAAAGGCUGAAAUUUCAGACGGUCUUUUCAAACAGCUCUUAUACUUAAAGGACAUUAUCAUAAUUUUCAUAAUUUCACAGUAUUAUUCCAAGCUCAUAGUGUGGAAAUUUAAAACACAGGUAACUCACGUUUUUGACUGCAUUGGCCCUUUAACAGUUGAAGGUACUCCUAUUAGCACUUGGAAGAUGUCGUUUGACAUUUGAAAUCAUGUUUUAUAGACUUUUUACAAUUUUAUAUUGUGGAGACCACACACACAAACAUGUAAAAAAUGUGCCCAACAGUUAAAAAUGACUUGCCAAGGGAAUAAAUAUAUAUUUUUAAAUGCUCAUAAA